UGUUGUGCUAUCAAUGCGAAUGAGGAAGCAGAAUUGUAAAUAUCAACUGCCUUCCGUGGAGAUAGCCGCACAACGCGGCUAAAAGAAAAUCAAUAGAAUGAGUCUCGACGACGUCAUCUACGUAUUAUGCCUGCUUGCGUGCAUUGGAGCCGGCAGCUAUGUAAAGAAAAUCCGCGAUGAGACACAACGCAAAUGCAUUUGCUCGAUGCUGGGAAUUGUUGUUGUUGUCAUCGUCUCUGGAUUCCAUAGUAUCCACUGUGUCAUCUCCCUAGGCCUGGGAGCGGCCAGUGUGCUUCUCGUGCAUCCCAGCAAAUGCCAUUUGGUCACCUUUGGAAUUAUGUUUGGUUAUCUGGUCUUCUUCCGUCUUGUCCAUCUCUUUGGCCUGCCAUCUGUUCCUGGACACACCAAUAUGAUACAAAUGCUGCUUACCCUAAAGGUCUCGGGUAUUGCGUUUGAGAAAACAGCUGCCUGGAAGCGAAUUCGUGCGCGAGAAAAUCAGGAUAAAAAUGCGGAACGGGAUGUGAACACCGAGGAGAGCAUCGAAAUAACCGAAUACGAUGUGGAACUGCAGCUACUGACUGUCACUGAGAUUAUCCACUAUAGCGUCAAUUACGUUGGCAUUCUCACAGGUCCAUAUUUUCGCUAUCGCACGUAUCGUGACUACUUUGAGAUGCCUUUCAAAGAUCAUGCGCCCUGCGUACAGGCAACCAUUGAGCAGCUCAAAUGGGCCGCUUUCUAUUGCAGUCUUUAUCUGGCGACCAACUACUUCUGGCCACUAGAUUACGCUCUCAGCGAUGAGUUCUACAACGAUCGUUCCGUUCUCUAUCGCCUGUUGUAUGUGUGGCCAACAUUCUUCAUUUUCCGUGCACGCAUCUACACCGGUCUCACAUUGAGCGAAUGCGUUUGCACAAUGUCUGGAUUUGGUGCAUAUCCCGAUGAGGCGGAUGUUGCCAAUGGGGAGGGUCCUCGCAAGCGCUACCAGCACAUGGAAUGGGAUGCUGAGAAGCGCACCUACAAUUUUACCACGAUUGUAAACACUCGGGUUUGGGACGUGGAGCGCUGCUGGACCUUCCGCGAGGGCAUGAAGCACUGGAACGUGUGCGUUCAGUAUUGGCUGGCAGUGAAUGUCUACAAGCUGUUCCCCAUCCGCAAAUAUAGAACGGGUGCCACUUUUCUGUGCUCUGCCUAUUGGCAUGGCUUUCGGCCUGGCCACUAUUUCUGCAUCAUGGGCGCACCAUUGUAUGUACCACUGGAGGAUAUGUGGCAUAAGCUGGUUCGAAAGGAUGCUGUCGGCAUGCAACGCAAUGUACUCGAUGUCAUAUUCUGGAUAUCGAAAUGGUUCGCCUUCAGCUACCUGGGCACCGCCUUUUUAUUGUCCUCGUUCGACAACAUUUGGCGCUUCUAUAGCUCCGUUUAUCACUUCGGUUACAUCGCUUGGGUUCUCAUGGUUGCCCUGGGCGUACUUCUGACCAAGCAGAAGAAGGCAGCAGAACGCAGAGAAAAACGCGCUCCGGAUUCCAUUGCUUCCACUGGAGAUGCAAGUGCAACCAAGCUGAAGGCUCAGUAAGGGAAUCAUACAGAUAUGCAGCUCGAACAAACAUAUUAUUCUUAAAUAAUGCAAAAUUCCGUGUUCCAAUUUGUGUAUACAUAGAAUCUGUAGAUAAUUAGUCAAAUGAUUACUUUCUACUAUCUAAGCCAAGAUAUAUAUAUGGGGUUUUCUUAUAGUUAAAAUUCACUACAGUUUAAAUUUAAACAAAGAUACUUCCCCAACUCUAUCGGAUAACUAUAUCAUACAAUUUUUUACUUACGUAGUUGGAAUUGAAGUUUCGUGCAAGAGAAUUAAACAGCCUAUUGUUUGCUGUAUUUAUUGUCAAACUUAUAAAUCAUUACAAUAUUUUAAAACAAAUUGCUUUCUAAACUUUAUUACAAAAUGCUGAGCUUGAGAGUGAUAGAGAAAUGUAAUUUGAACAUACAGAUUCGAGAUAUGUUAAUGAGCUAUGAUUAAUACAAUCAAAUAUAAUAAACAAUUCGAGGAGAAAUAUA